CCCGGUUGGGAAGAGGCGACCGACUACGAUGGGAAGUUGUACUACAUUGACCACAACACCAAGCAGACGAGCUGGGUCGAUCCCCGCGACAGAUUGUAUCUUCAGUGUUACUUCUUGAUGUAGCCACUGAUACAGAAGGGAAAUAUCUGCAUGUUGGAAGUGAUGCUACAGACGGCCACAAAUCUGAUCUCUUACUGCCAGAAAUGAUUUGAGAAAAGUUUAGAAAAACUUAUACUUGAAGGAAGGUUAAUGAUGGGAAACUUUAUGGAGGAAAAUCAUUUUACUAAAAAGGGGAUGCUAAAGCAGAUUUAUUUAUGGACCAAACCCCUCUCCUUUGGCGAUUGUGUAGGAGAUGAGUUGCCUUUGGGUUGGGAAGAAGCUUUUGAUGCACAAGUUGGAAUCUAUUACAUUGAUCACAAUACACAGACAACACAGGUAGAAGAUCCUCGGGCUCAGUGGCGUAGAGAACAGGAGCGCAUGUUGAAAGACUAUCUGAUCGUAGCACAAGAUGCACUAACUGCCCAGAAGGAAAUUUACCAAGUAAAACAACAGAGAUUAGAACUGGCCCAACAUGAAUACAGGCAGCUAAACGAUGUCUGGAAGGAUAAGUCUAGUUCACAGACCAGCUUGUUUUCUGGCUCUUCGUCUAGUGCUAAGUAUGACCCUGACAUUCUCAAGGCGGAGAUUUCAACAACAAAGUCUAGGGUAAGAACACAUGUGAAUAAAUUGAAAAGAGAGUUGUCUCAUAUGAAGCAGGAGCUUCAGUACAAAGAACAAGGAUUUGAAACUCUGAAAGCAAUCGAUCUAAAGAUGUCAGGAACUCAGGGAGGAUACAAACUUGAUGAAGCACAGGCUAUUAUGAAUGAAAUGAAAACCAUCAAAAGGGCUAUUAACUCAGGAGAGAAGGAGAAAAGAGACCUCUUACAGAGUUUAGCCACAUUGAAAGGUGGUUUCCGAAUUGAGACAGGAUUUCGCUCUGAUCUCUCGACCAGUCGUACAUCGUUAUUAAGCACAAACCAAUCUGUUAGCUGCCAUUUCUCAGACGUUGGGUCCCAGACAGAUAUUUCAGGAGAUUUUGUUUCCAGCAAUAAUGCCAAACUGGCUGAGAAGGUGAGACUAAGCCUGCAAUAUGAAGAAGCAAAGCAAAGGAUUUCAAAUAUCAAGAUUGAACUGGCUAAACUUACCAGUGAGGCAUGGCCUGGAGUAUUAGAUGCAGAACGGGACAGGCUGAUACUGAUCAAUGAGAAGGAAGAACUUUUGAAGGAGCUGCAGUUUAUAAAUCCUCGUAAAUGGGCACACAGUGAGGUAGAGCAGCUGGAGAUAGAAAGGAAGCGACUGGCAGAUGAUCUCCAGGCUGCAAGGGACACGCAAAGCAAAGCACUGACAGAAAGAUUAAAGAUGCAUAGCAGGAGAAAUAACUUGCUGAGGGAGUUAGAAGAAGCAACACGUUUAGCCUCAAUGUUGCACUCACAGCUACAGAGUCUCUCAACCAGUACUUUGUCACUGUCAUCUGGAAGUAGUAAAGGGUCAUUGACGUCUAGCCGUGGAUCUCUUGCUGCAUCCAGCCAAGAAUCUUCAAGCUCUGUUAGCUUUACUGACUUGUAUUAUGAUCAUCCAGAACACACAGUAGACUUCGACUAUCAGUAUAAAUUAGACAUCUUGCUGCAAGAGGGCACUUCAGGCAAUAGACCAGCAGGCUCCAUAACUACCAUUCAUGAAAAUGAAGUGGUCUGUUCUCUCAAUGAUUCCUCUUACUUAGACACAUAUGAAACUUCAAGCAAGAUUCAAGCACGGAGGUCUUUGUCUGAGACUCCGAAAUCUCUUUCUUCGCUGUCACCUAGGUCUUCCUUGUCCUCCUUGUCGCCACCCAGCUCUCCCUUGGUAAUAGACCCUCAUUUUAUGGUUCCUUCAGGGGAUCCCCUUAUGAACCAUGUUGGUACAGACAUUGAAGGCAUAGGACUGCUUGCUGAUAUUGCUAACUUUGGUUUACACUUUGAAGAUGUUAAUCAGAUUUCUUCAGGAUCUACACCGCCAAAUAAGAUUUUGUCACCCUCUGUAAAUUUGGAAGCUGAAAUUGGAUCAGAAUCAGGACUUUGUAGCAAUUCGUCAAAAAUAUUGACUGAAGAGUUGGGAAUUUCUACAAAAAGCAAUGAAAGAAUAGAAGAUGCCAGCACUCAAACCGAGAUGUCUGGACCAGCAAUCCAUCGCAAAAUUACUUGUGUUUCUGCAGCUGUAUCGGAUGAGUCAGUGGCAGGUGACAGUGGUGUAUAUGAAGUGGUCAAAAGAUCGUGUGAGAUAGAAGAUGUACUUUCUGAUGAUGAAGUUGAUGCACUAGCUGCUGCUAGACUCCAGAUUGGAAUGAAGUAUGAUGAUAAAAGCAAAAGAUUUGCUAUUUUUAUUAUUCAAUUGAGUAACGUAGCAGCACUAUCAUUACCACAGAACCGUACAGUUUAUAUCCGGGUGGCUGUACUCCCAUGCUCUGAAAAUACGAGUUGUCUGUUCCGCACCAAAGCCUCAGUUGCUGCUGAAAGCCUGAUGUACAAUGAAGUAUUUUGGAUCACCGUUUCUUUUUCUGCUUUGCAUCAGAAGACUUUGCGAGUUGAUGUUUGCUCGGUGGAUAAAUCUCAUCGAGAAAAGUGUUUGGGUGGUGCUCAGAUCAGCUUGGCAAAUGUGAACAGAUGUGGAGAGUGGUCAACACAAUGGUACAACCUGCUUAAUCUACACUACCUGCAGGAACAAUGCAUGAAGCGUACUGCACAAAAUGAAGAUUCUCUUCAGUCAGAAAAUAAACUCACCACAGCAGGAAAAAAAGAUUCUGUGUCUGCGCUCCUCGAACAAACGUUUGCAGAGCUGGAGGUAGUGGAGUGGCAACUAGGAAAGAAAAGAAAUUUGUUGACCCUAGAAGAGGAAAGACCAAGCGCACCAGUGAGGGAAGAUGAGUACAAUGAGAAAGAAAUUAGCAAGGAGGGAGAGCAAGAACAAGAAGACAAUGAAGAAAUACCAUGGGAAAAUGAAGGCAAUGUUAAGAAUACCAAUGAGCAGACUGAUAAUCAGUCAGUACUGGCGGCAGUUGUUGCAGUGAAGUUUGAUAAAGAAACUAACACUGAGGAGACUGAGACAACUACAUUUGCAGUGCGUCCAAAGGAAAGAAGAACUCAUUCGACUCAACAGAGCCCUUUUGUGAGAGGCAGUGCUAUUAUUCGUUCAAAAACCUUCUCUCCAGGUGCACAGAAUCCUUAUGUAUGCAGGUUAAAUCGAAGUGAUAGUGACAGCUCAACAUUAGCCAAAAGGCAGCCCUUUGUUCGGAAUGCCAUGGAACGACGCAGUUUGCGAAUGAAAAUGCCUUCAAUCAGAAGGGUAGGAUCAGAAAGGCUGAUGCGAACCUCUUUAGAUUUGGAAUUGGAUCUACAGGCAUCAAGGACCAGGCAGCGCAGGCUAACACAGGAACUUGAUAUCUUGAGGGACCUGAGACGACAAAUUGAUGAGGCCAAAGCCAGAGGAGAAACUGAAUUGCCUCAGUGGGUCAAAGAGGAUGAGAGGUUUCAAAUCUUGCUAAAGCAAGUUGAAAAACAGGCGGAGCAAACAAAAGAACAACAGAAACACGAGAGCAAAGUUCAAAGGCUUAUGAAGAAAACAUCAAAAGAGGUGAACAAGUUACGAGAAGAGCCCCUAGAGAUGCAAUCAUUCUGGGAGAAGAUGGCAUUUUUUACACGAGGCAAGGGAGGUAUCAUUCCACUACCAGCUGAUGAUGUAUGAUUAGCACAAAGCCUUUUAAUUACUUGCAGUAUAGUCUCUUACUGCUGAUGUCUUGUAUGAUUUAACUGAAAUUACAUAUUGUGAUGGUACAGAUAUAUUUUGUAAAUUUAGAGAACUGUUUUUGAAGCCACUGCAUUGUUCGAAUGUAUACAAACCUACACUUCAGUUAUAUGUUGAACUCUUGUAGAGGCAGUGUAGCAUAGAUUAAUGUUAAACUAAUCUGUACAGUUUAUAUUUCAAGUUUUGUAAAAAAGAAAAAUAAUGACAUCAAGAACAAAAUCUGUUGAAAAUACUUUCAAAAAGAAAUGUUGCUUUCAGCUUAUUGUACAGUAAAUAGCUUUUUAAAUGUUAAGCUGCAAUAGAUGAGUUGAGGCACUAAUUAGAAACUGUGAUUAAGUAACAUUCAGUAUUGUUUGUGAUGUCAUUGUCUUGAGGUACGUCAACAGAAGUUCUCUAUUCUUCUAUCAAAAUAGUCUGUUAUCUAAUAUUGAAAACAAAAUCCCCUUCAUUUUCACAAGUAUAUAUUUGUAAAACUUAGGAAAAUUUACUUCUGGAAAUAAUGUUGAGUAGUUUUUAAACAAUGUGUAUUGUAAAUGUGUGCAGGUUGAAUGAUCUUUAUUUAAGGGAAAAAUCUAGUUUUGACACUGAAAGGCCAGUUUUCCAGGACCAAGUAAAUGACAGUUACAGUUUCUGUAACUAGCUUUGUUUACUUUGCAUUCUUCUUGCUGAAGCUGGGAAGAAUGGGAAAGUCUUAACAAUGUUUGUUCUUGCAUAAGAGCCAAUACCAGUUUGAAUGGCAUCAGGUACCUCUCCUGCACUUAAGUAAUGCUAUGUGCCAACAGCCAUUGGUAACCAAACGUUAUGAGUACAGAAAAUUUUGGCAUCAAUAAACAUUUUUGAGUAAUGCUGCUAAUAAUAUUAUAUUUUUAAAAAUUGAAAUGAGACAGAUUUAUUAAGGACUUUUUGUUUGAGCUGAUCAGGAAGUGAUGCUUACAGAGUACAAGAUAUUCAUAGCUGAGAAACAAUGGAAAUUUCUGAAGAAACACAUUUUGUCAAAGUUUCCAGUCUUGCACUGAUUAUUUGUAAGAAUUUGCAUUCAGCAGCAAUAUUAGCUGCCUCUAGUCAAAAUGACAUUCUGCAUACAACGUAAAUGAGUAAACUGAAAGGAGUUUCUGUGCCAUCGUAAUGCUAGAAAUGCAAGCAAAUGGACAAUUGGAUCAUAUCAGGCAGUAUGUUCCUUUGGUUGGCCACAACAAGAAAGAUGCUGACUUGUAACCAACCAGUCUGUACUCGCAAAAUUCAUAGCACAAUGUCUAACUUUGGAUGUGAUUCCGUGAUUGGAUAAUAUUUGCUACACCAAUCUGAGUGUGCAAAAAAUUGUAAUCCCAACCAAGUUGAGAUGGUCAGCCGGACUCAAGAUGUGACACUGUUACGUGUAGUGAAAGUAACACAUAUUGAUGCACAGGGCCCUGUUCUUUGGAGACAGAAAGAAUACGUACAGAAACUGCCUCAGUUUCAACUGAACAAAAUGGGUGACGGCUAUUUUUAGGCAAUUCCUUGAUUAAUCAGUUAUCCUGGCCUGCUUAAAAUUUGAACAGAGGUUGGCAGUUUACUGUCAGUUGUCAUUAACUUCAUGGAUAUGCCUUAACCAAUCAGAAUCUACUGACAACCAAAUCAGCACUCUUCCCAGAAAUUUUCAAUGUUCUUUUCCCUUUCUUUGAAAAUUGUCCUGAUGCAGGCAAGAUGACAACCUUUAGCAAUAUUUGUGUUCUGUACUAUCAGAUAUUUAAACAAUGGAAGGUAAGACAGUAGCUAAACUAUGCAUAACGCAUCUGUGAGUUUAGUUGGACAGUCUGAUUUUAUUUCUGUCACAUGUACCAAGGUGCAGUGAAAAGUGUUGUCUUACAUGCUUACAGGCAGAUUGUGCUAUACAUGUGCAUUCGGGUAACAGAACAAAGCACAGGAUACAAUAUUACAAUUGCUGAGAGGGUGUAGAGAGACAGAUCAACAUUAAUAUGGGAACAUGGGCAACUGAAAAUUCACUCCCUUGUAUGCAUGCUGUUUAGGCAUUCUGUCCUUGCCAAUUUUACACCACAUUUCUAUUUUUUAACCUAUAUCAUAUUAUGGAGCAUUAAAACGCUAGAGGCCAUGAAGUGGGGGAAUAAUGAAAACUGUGGCAGUGUAUGAUUGGGUGAUCCUUCUAAGUCUUUCAGAAUGGUGUUUUUCUUGAGAAUGAGGGAAGGGGUGGUGGUGGUGACUGAAAUAACUCCAUGAAGGCCGGCAUCCCGUCACCAAGUCACCCUUUAUUUAAACUUGCAUAGUACAUGAUCCUGACGCAAAGUCAAUUCCUAGAGUGAAUGGAACCCCUGAUGCUCCUGUUUAUAUCUGUCAGCCAGGACUCUCUGGUUGGACCAGGUUAACAGCCCUAUCAUUCUGAGAUCCACCUGGUUGACCUCAUUCCAGUCACCACAGUGAUGGGGUUAUCAGGCUAGGAGUUUUUGAUGCCCCCUAGUAUCCGAUCAAAUCCCAAAUCCCUUUCAAAACUGUCCGGAAUCCUUCUCCCAUCUUCACCCCAGGCUGUUACCUGUACACAGAAGCAAAAUCUGGGUGAUAUGGCAUUCCAGAAGCUUUAGCCAGAGAUGCAGAACAGGCAACAAAAUUCCAGGACGUUCAGGACAACAUUUGGUCACCUGUAAUAUGGAUUUUUGGACUUGUAUCCUCUUUUUAAUUCACGGAAUGAGUAUAGCAGGUUAGACCAGCAUUUAUUGGCCAUCCCAAAUUGCCGUUGGGAUGACGUUGGUGAGCUGCCUUUUUGAACCACUGCAGUCCAUAUGGUAUAGGCACACUUCCAGUGCUACUAGAGAGUUCCAGAAUUUUGAUUGUGAAUAUACUGACCUCAUUCGCUGCACUUUGGCUAAUUCAGGGAUUUCAAACUGAACUUACUUCUAGCCCCAGAUUCCAUAAGUGCAGUUAGAACUGGCCCACAUUGUAACAGUAUUGAAUAAAUUGCCGUUUGACUUGCUAAGGAUCUGAUUGUUGAAACUCCCCCUCCAAAUGUUUGCAAUGUACAAUUGCCAGUGCCACAACAGUGUCACACAUGCAGAGACCCUACAGACAUAUCAUUGUGUUUGGUGUUGUUAUGUCAUCAGCACAGGGUGUGCACGUAACAAACCUAUGAUAUCUUUGCACUGUGCAUGUGCAUAAUGGAAAACAUGCUGAUUCAUCUGAAAAUAGAGUGCUGCACUGGUGUGGAAUUCAAAAUAAUGGCUUUAACUAGAGAAUGUUAAUGAUGCACACACAAAGAAAAAAGUACAGGCAAAUGAAUGCAGUUGAAAUUGAUAACGAUGGCAGUAUCAAGCCUCUUGCUACAUCUGCAAAAUUUUAUUCGUAUUUAGUUGUGAUUUGCACAAUUCUUGUAAUUUAUUUGUUGUUUUGUAGUAUUGAUUAAACAUGUAAUUAAUUAUUCAUUCCUUUUGACUUUACUUGUUCCCUGAUGUUCAAUCAUACCCAAUUCCGUGUUGCUUUUGGAAAACUGGAGAUUGAGACCUUUGAUGAGCUGACCUCUAAACUGGAGAUCUUUCAGAGUUUGCAAGGGAGUGCAGUGCCUUUCCCACAUCUCUUCCAUAUCAAUGACCUCUGCUACCUUCAACACCUGCACCCCUUGCUACCUCAGUCACCACAUCCCCUUGACCAUUGUUCCCUCCCUCAUGCCUCUUCAACAACAGCUCUUCACCUCACACUCCCCCCUCCAACACACCUCCCCCCUCAUCAUCUCUCUCAGCCUGGAUCAGGAGCAGAUUCUUGAUUCGAUAUCACACAACAAUGCAGUAAACUUCAAACCUAAUUCCCACCUGCUACCCUUAUCGGGAUUGUUGAUUUAAUCUGUUUAAGUAUGCUGAUUUGCUGCCAUGAUUUUUCUUCUGAACUGGCAGCCCAUUUCACAAAGAGCACUUGUAGAGUUUCAGAGGAAAAUUAACCUGCACGCUAUGUGGUGUCAGCAUUUCCUUAUCUGUACCAAAUUUCUCACCAUAAAACAGUGCUUUCUGAUUCAUUAUUUUUACUGUGAUAUAGCAUGGAUAAUUUAGUGUUAGUAACUAACCAUUUCCUGAAAAUAGAAAGCUUAUAAGUCAGUCCAAAUACACCACUAACUGCCUCAUUUAUGGCAUUACUCAAAAGCACAAAUCCCAAGAAGUUAUAUUUUGUACUUAAUGCUGUGCACCACGUUAUUAAAAUGUAUGCAUUUUGAUGCUGUUACUGAAUUGGAAUAAGCAUAAACAAAAGGAAAUACCAGAUUUUGUAAAAAUGAUGACUGAUACAUUUUAUGGCUGUUGGCACUAGUGUUCACACUGCAAUACUGGCCAAACAGAUUUCCUGAAUCACUCAUAUUUUAACUGCAGCAUGUAUAUCAUUUCAACUGAUUAUCUAAUAAAUUCAUAGUUUAGUUGUGACAUAGUUGAAUAUAAGUAGUCUAUUCUAAAUGAUGCAAAAAAGUUCCAAUUUACAUACAUAAAGAAUUCACAUCAAUUCAGAAAAGUAGAAAUGGUGAUAAAACUACUGAAGUAGGGUAAUAUUGGACUUGAAAUGUUAAUGCUUUCUCUCUCCACAGAUGCUGUCAGACCUGCUGACUUUACGUAGCACAUUCUGUUUUUAUAUGUGAUGAAACCACCUUUGUGCCACAACUUUAUUAGUGUGCUUUUACCUCAGAGUUUGCAUCAGAGAGAGGUACAUGCUGCCAUUAUGAGGCAGCUAUCCCAUAUAAUGCAGGAAGAAUGCUGUCCAUAUCAGCAAUUGUGUUUUUUAUAGCCUGUUAUUCAAUUUAUUUUCAAAGUUAGUUUUGUGAUCAUUGAAGUUUAAUUCUGUUUUCUGUUUAAGUGAUGGUAUGAUGAAGUUAUUAAGGAGAACUCAACCUUUUUUCAAAACAAAGGUUUUAAAUUUUAACAGUUUACAUGUGUUUUGGACUACAUGUCCUGUUUCCAUGAAACAGUAAUAUAAUGUGCUCACAUCAGAAAGGAAUCUCCAUUCUUUUUGCUUUCACAGUGCGUGUUUUGGGCUGACUGAUUUAUUUCCAGUACAUUAAGGCCAAACUCAAAAAUUUCUGGUGUUUCAAUUAGCCCAAGUCUUUAAUAAAGUAAAAUGCUGUUCAAUUUUAAGUAUGUAACUGAUCAUUCAUCUUCUUAAAAAUUGGCUGGAUAUCCUUCAUAACAACUUAAAACUUAGGGAUUUUAUUGACCUUAAAUGUGUUUCUUUUUCUUUUUCUAAACUUAGUGUAUCAUAAUUAGAUCCUUUUUGCUACCCACGUAGCCAGACUGAAUCCUAUUCUUAAAGUGACAGUUUAUCUCCAUUAAUCUAUAGAAUGAGUGCCUCUUUUUUUUUUACUGGCCUGUUAAAUGAAAAAUUCAAAUUGAUGUUGUGUUCCAAGUCCUUGUUUAGGUUGGUGAAAGGAGAUUGAAGCAUAUCUUAGUUCCACAAAUUGAUAUUUUGACGUCCAAUGUAUUGGAACAUUCAUGCAAACAUUAUGUUUCUAACAAAGUUAAGGCAUUUUACUUGAUUUUAACAGAGAGGGCAAGACUUUAAAAAAAUAGGAUUGACACAAUAUAGAGACUCUUCUUCAUGUUUCACAGUGGGUUUGAAGUUGUUACAGAGAUAGUAGGAACUGCCGAUGCUGGAGAAUCUGAGAUAACACGGUGUGAAGCUGGAUGAACACAGCAGGCCAAGCAACUUCAGAGGAGUAGGAAUGUUUGACGUUUCGGACAACCCCAAACAGCAAACUUUCCUGAUCCUCUGAUGCUGAUGGCCUCCUGUGUUCAUCCAGCUUCACAGUGUUAUCUCAGAUUCUCCAGCAUUGGCAGUUCCUACUAUCUCUUUGACACAUAUGUGUUUUUGAGUAUAUACAAAUGUAAUGAAAUUGUGGUUUUAUAUUAUCAACUUUGGAACAACUUAUGAUUGCUUAGUUGAAUUAUGACACAGUGAAGCAAGGAAAUAUAUGAUUACCAUGUUUACAUUGUGUGUGCAAGAUAAUGUUUCAUAUCAGUUGAUGAGACAUUGCAGUUCUAUUAAAAAGCUAGCUGGACAGAUAGUUGAUGAGGUAAGAAAUUACCCCCAAAAAAAUUCACAGCUUUGUUACAAAUUACCAUCCAUUCUGUACGUAAUUAUUUCUGUUUAAUCGUACAUUUACUUAAAAGGCAACAUUUUGAAUGAAUUAGAUCAUUAUCAGUUUUCUGUCGUAUGUUCCACAUGCAAAUCAGAAAUGAUAAAAAUGUGAAUUCCCUUUGUAAGGAAGAAUCUUGACUUAAAUAUUAAGUGUCCUGACCAAUGUUCACCCCUGUAUAUCUGCUAUCAUUUAUAUUUGAAUGUUUUUCUUCCAAACUGCUGAGCGUAGCAUUGUGCUGUAGAUUCUACAGGGUUUACCCAAAAGUCCCGGCAGUAAUUUUCCAUAUUGGUGUAGCAGAAGCUACUAUGUAGGACUUACUACUUGGAUUUUCACAUUGCUAUAUAAUCUUAGAUCAUCUCACGCCUGUUAAUUUUUGAUCAUUGUGUGAGACAGUGAAUUUCUGCACAGGACAGCAUAUAUACAGAUCAUGACACUUGAAAGGAUUUGCGCUUGUGAGUUGUCAAAAUUUAUCACCUUUUUUAAAAAAAAGUUUCAAGUUCUCCCAUAAUUAAAACAUUAAAGGCUGCUAUUUUAUAUUUGUGUCACAUAGCUUUCUGAUAUUAUGCACAAUAGUAUUAACAGUAGUAAAUCAUAUUCUUGAUUUUUGUAGUGGUUAUUUGUUCAUUCUUAUUUAUUGUCCAAUAUGUGAAUUUGAUUGGAAUUUAAUUUGUUAAUGUAUGACGUGGGAGGAGAAAGGGGCUAGAAUUUUAUACUGAACUUUUGUUUCAUUUUGCAUUUGCUGACAAUUGUAGUUAAUACCACACAAACAGCUGAUAACAGGAUGAAGGCACAAUUUCCAGUUGGCAGAGGAUGAAAACCAAAGUAGUAUCCUGAAAUAAAUUUCAUUGUUUGCCUUCAGAAUUCAUUGGAGAAUAUUAAUUACAAGGAAGAGGUUAUGUUUCCUUUCCUGGUUGUCAGUUCAAUAUAAUUUGUGUUGUGCGGAAAAUCCUUUUUGAACCUUUUGUCUGCCAUAAUGAUAGUACAAAGCAGAUGAAAAAUGUGUGCAGAAGAAUGGAAGUUCUGCCAGACCUGAGUUUCUGUAACAAUUUCUGUUUGUGUUUCAGACUCGCAGCAUCCAGAGUUUUUCAUUUUAUUAUGCCUUUCUCCUUCAUUUGUUUGUUUGGCAUCAUCUUAAAUACAUUUUUGCUAUUCACUUCAACUGCUAUUGCUGCUACAUUCUAACCACAAAGACUAGAAAUCCAUACUGUUUUGCUUUUGAAUCCAUUAAUCAAAUUUUAUAUUGUUAAUUGGAGGAAUCUUGGCCAGAAUAAUGAGGUUCAUUGUGCUCUUUAAUACUGUGCAAUCUUUAAUAUUCAUUUCAAUCACUGGAAAAGGUGGACCAGAAAGGUAAAUUUGACAUUCUUGCAUUUGUCCUGGUGAGUGUAAGACUAAACCUCAACAACAUCUCUCUCUUCACAGAUAUAGAAGUAAUAAGCUGGAUAAAUUUAACAUUUAACAUAAUACAUGUUAGUGCUCCACUAGGUUGUCAGUUGUAACUGUCAGUACAAGAAGAUAGUGAGGCCUUGUUCUGAAUCCAACAUAUUACUGCAAUUUCACAUACCUAAAGUCUGCCUCUAAAUAACUGCAAAUACAUCCUUUUUCAUCUUCAGUUAAUCGGUGGUCAGUUUUCAUGAAAUACUGGUCCAUAAAUUGUGGGGAAACACUUCCCUCAUAUAUCUAAACUUUCUCCUUCAUUCCUUCUGCAUUUCUCAAAUCUUGUCCCAUAUUGCAACAAUGACUCCCCUGCCUAAUAUUUUUGAAUUUGCACUGCUGUGUAAUUGAGGUAUAACUAAUUCCUCCAUAAAUGAAACUAGACAUCCUUGUGACCUAUAAGAAUUACUAAGUGUUGAGUUGAUUUCCAAUUUUCAGGUCAUUUUACGUUCACUGUGCAUGUGACAACACAAGAGAAAAGCACUGUUGCAAUACCAGGCCAUAAAUAUAACACCAGCAGAUUGUGUUCUUGUGAACAUGAUAUCUUGUGCAAUUUUUCUUUGUCUAGACAAAGAGGCAAUGUUAUUGAAAAUAUAAUGGUAUGUAGCAAUAACACCACCACCUUUUAAACAAUCCUGCUUUCCCAUUUUUCCACUGAUAACACUCUUAUAGCAAUUUUCUUUGGUUGAAUAGUCAAGUUUAAGAAGUACAAGUUUGAGAUUGAAGUGUUACAAAGUUUUACACCUUGGCUUAAGGGAUCUUAUUCAGAAGUGACCUAAAAAUCUCACCAAUGAUGAACAAUGUUGUGCUGUAUCAUUUUAUUAGUAGCAUUAUAGAUUCAAUUUUAUUGUGAAUAGUGGAACACUUUACAAAGAACUGUUACCUGAAAUACUCGAUCACAUUUCGAUUGCUGCGUUUCCUUACUCUAAUGUACCAGGAUACAAUUACUGGAAAAAAAAGACUGUAAAUUCAGCUAUGAUUUCUGACAAGAGCUCGCAUUUCUAUUGCUGUGUGACUGGUUAUAUCUGACAUCACCAAAUGAAGAGACUUAUCAUGUAGUCGCUCUUCCUGUGGUGAAGAUCAUUGCAUUAAAAUCAAUGUGAAUAUUUUUCGGCAGCUGUUUCCCAGUAUAAUGAAGAAGGUCCCUUCAUCUAUUUCUGUUCUUACCUUUUAGAACAUUUCCAGCCUAAACUUGUUUCAGAUAAAGUUUUUGGUCAGGAUUUUCAGUAUUCAUACUGCACAAAGUCCACAUGUUCACGUACCACUUGUGUUAUGUAAUGAAUAUGAACUUUAACCUAAUUUAUUUUGUUUACAAUUCUUCAACGAAUGUGGUGACCAUACUUUGACAUUAUUCCUUGUUGUUUUAACACCAAUUCGUAAAAUUUAAUUCAUAAAAUGCAGGGUUGUUUAUUAUAGAAAUUGAAAUCAUUGUACUUUCCUUCAUAAGAAAUAAGAUGUGAACCCUAAUUUGCUGAUGUAUAAUUUGAAUUGUCUUUGUGUACUGCUUUAAUCUUAGAGUCAUGGCUUGUUAUCAGAUUGAAGUUGUAACAACUGACAAGGCCUGACAGUUGUGAACAUGCCACACAACCAGCAAUGAAUGACCAGCAUUUUAAUCGUGAUCAGAACUUUAGAUCUGUAAAUAAGUGUAGCUUACCUUCCUUGUAUGUGAUGGAUUUGAAUGCUGUCUGGUGUUUUAAACAUUGUUCUUCAUCAAUUUUUUUUUGAUUUUUAAAU